UUUUAGAAGUCUAAAUCCAUUGUCGUUUCGUAUUCACACAUACAAUUUUGAAAAAUAAAAAUAUAUUUAAAAGCAUUUAAGUAUUUUUAAAAAAUACUAUCUCACAAAAACCAAAAAAUAACUUUCAACUACUCAAUAGUAAAAAAACAUUCAUUGAAUAAUUGACUUCAAAAUUAAUCAACAAAAAUCAUUUCUUUGUGCAUCAGAGUGAGUGUGGCCUUUAAUAAUUUGUGUGAAAAAAAAUAUCAAAAGUUCUGUAGAAAUAUUAACGUAGUUAUAAAAUUUUAAUAUCCACAAACACCAUAAUAACAUUACACUAACAUGGCUUGUGCAACUUUAAAACGCACUCUUGACUGGGAAGCUUUAAACCAACGUCCCACCAAACGUCGGCGUUGCAAUCCUUUUGGACAAACUGGAGCUAAUGGCUCACCAUCGCGUUCAGCUGGCAAUGAUGGCGUAACUGGUUCAUCGAAUCCUCAAUCACCCUCAACACGUUUUGCUAGGGAACCUCAACCCAGUCCGUUUGCCGAGGCCAAUAAUCUAUCGAAAAUGUCGCCGGACAAGAUGUCACAGAAUAUACGCGAUGAAAUCAAAAGAUUGCACAGACGUAAACAGUUGCCUUUCACAUCGGCCGCACUUGAACGCAUGCAAGACUCAGAAUCCAGUGGUUCAGAAAUGGGACCAGAUAGUCCCAGACGUCCAGACAGCCCACCAAGUAUGGUCCGUCAUCCAGAAAAGGCAUUAUUUACUUUCAAACAGGUGCAAUUAAUAUGUGAGCGUAUGCUUAAGGAACGUGAAGACGAAUUGCGCGAAAAAUACGAUGCUGUACUGACCACAAAACUUGCUGAACAAUAUGAUGCUUUUGUUAAAUUUACUUAUGAUCAGAUUCAAAGACGCUAUGAAGCUGCCCCCAGCUAUCUAUCGUAAUUCGGACCUCAGGCAUACAAUAAGUUCGUAGACGCUAAGGAUUUUUUAGUUUUCCAGUCUUCACUUUAUCGCCCAUUUAUCUACGUUCAUUUGUCAUGCUGUUUAAUAAAUUGUUUUUUAUAAUUUACAAUUAUAUUUAAAUAUUUUUGAAACUGGGUUUUUCGUUGCAAACAAAAAAAAAACACUCAACUCAACAUUUUGCUAAAAAGAAAACCAACCAAUCAAUAAUUUAACAAUAUAAAUUAAUUUUGUAAUCAAUUUAAAAUGACACCUCAUUAUACCGGCAGGUAAAUAGUAAAAAAAAACACACAUAUUUGCAUACCAAUAAUUAUUUUUUAAUAUACCUAUUAAAAUAAUAAAAAUAAAAAAGAAACAACAAAAAUACUAUACUGCUACAAUUUGAAUGAUUUAUUAUUAUAAAAAUAAAAACUAUAUAUAAAUAACAUUACAAAAAUGAUAAUGAAACUACAAAACUAAUAAUUUAUAUAUAAAAUAAAAAAAUAGUGUAUAAUUUUAGUAAUAAAAACAACUACAACAAUUAUAUAAUAAAUAUGUGGAUAAUGAAAACAAAAUGCAUACUAUUUAUAUAUACACAUUACAUACAUAUAUAAAAAAUAAAAAAACAUACAAAACAAAAUAACAGUAAUUCUAAAAUAUAUUGACAAAUACAAAAAACCAACCACAUGAAGUGCUGCUCUACUGUUAAAAUCUGAGAUACAUUCAAAGCAAAUACAUAAUAGAAUGAAAAAAAAAAAUUUCAUUUUUUAACAGUAGUACUCUUAUUCUCAAUUUAUAUACAAAUAAACAAAGCAAAAAAUAAAUAAAUAAAUAAACAUACAUAAAUAAACCUCAAGCCUCCACACACAAAGUGAAAUAAUACAAUUGAAAUUAAUAUAAACAAAAAAGAAUACAAUACAAACCUAGUUUUAUAGUUUAACUUAUAAAUAAAAAAAUUAAAAAAAAAUAAGAAAAUAUUGGUUAAUUCUUAAUUAAAAUGAAUUAAACUAAAUAUAGUAUAUAAACAGUUUAAAUUGAUUCUUCUUUCAUCUUAUUUUUAGUUAACAUAAUUUUUCUUUAUAUUAAAAAAUUAAAAUGUUUUAAAAUUAGUUUCAUAUCUCUUUUUUUUGCUAACUAUACAUUUUAAGUAGUUUCAAAAAUGUUUAAUUUUAUGUCUUAAAAAACAAAACAAACAUUAUUAUUAUUCAUUUCAAAAAAAAAAUGGAAAAUUGCACUCUGAUUUUUUUUGCAUUUUAAAAAACAAACACAAGAAAUUUUGGAAUUUUGUUCAUGUUUUUGUUGUGUAGAAGUGUAAAAAAUCAGAGUGUAAUUUUGCUUUUUUUGAAAUAAUAACAUUAUAAAAAAGUAAACUUUAUUUUUUUCUACUUUAUAAUACUUUAUGAUUAGAGAAAUGCCAUUUUUAUAACUAAAUAAACAAAAAAAACAUGAACAUUUGAAAUAAAUAAAAACCAUACAAUUAAAAGUGGAUAUUUUUAAAAGUCUAAA